AUGACAUCGUAUAAAGAGAAGAAAGAUAAAGCAGCAACUAAUUCAGAUGGCAAAUACCAAAUGCUUCUUGCAGACAUCCCCCAGGCGAUGCAUCCUUUUCAGCAGCAUGCUGAACUCACCGGUGCUGACGUCUCCGGUAAAAAACAAGCAAUCAACUCCGCCUUCGAAAAAAUCACCCAAGAACUCCAAGAAAUCGCCAAGUGUGUUGAGAAUAAGUCGGCGAAAACCGGUAACUCAGAUGAAUAUGGCAUCAAGCAGCGCUUGAGUGAUUUGGAUACGAUGCUUGAGGAGGAAGAGAUUAAUCUUAAAGGCAAAGUAGAUGGAAUUACUAAAGAUACUGUCAACGGUCUCGACGCAAUUCACUCCAAGAUCCACGGCCUGCAAACAGGGACGCUUGGCACUAAACCCGCUGCAAUCGACGGAGCCGUCACCCUUAUUAAGGCGGAGCUUGGUAAGCUUAGAGAGAAGUUGAUGAAUAAGCUGAAGCCAGGAGAUGAUGUGAUAAACGCUUUGACGAUGUUGAACACCCGUGGUCUUGGCUCUGGUUCGUGGUACAAUGUAACAAAUAUUUGGAAUGGUGGCCAACAUGGUGUUACAACAGUAGACGGCCUUGAAAAAAUCCAGAAGCAACUUCAGACUCAGAACGAUGAAUUGCCUAAACAGACAACAGAAAUCGAUGAGGCCAUUAGAGAAAUUACUUGGCAACUUCACCUCACAAGAUUCAAGUUGGAUCAUAAACACAGCACCGAUGAUAUCACCGACCAGUUGAAGUGGCUGGGCAGGAAACUCGGCAAAAAUGGAGACAAGGAUCGCGUUAACCUUCAAGACAUUUAUGAGAUGAUUUCAUGGCUGCAAAGGGAGCAUUUUACCAAUUGUCCCCAAAUCAUCCAGGGAGCCAACUCAGCAAUUAAAGUGGAACUUGGCGUGCAUAGGAGCACGCUGGACAAAGAUGUCAUCAACACACUGGAAGAUUUGAAGGACAAAGGGAUGAGUGAAGAUGCGGAUUGGAUCGUUAACAAAAAGAAUGAAAAAGGCCUUGACGCAAUUAUUAGUGACCUCAGCAAUCAACAAGACACAUUGACCAAACAGCAUCCGGCAAUCGGCGGUGGCGUCGACCAGAUCACCAAGGAGCUUGACGAUCUGAGGAGUGAGUUGCUGGGUGAGGAAGGCGAAAAUGCAGAAAAAAGAGGCGUGAUAAAGAAUAUGGAAUUCAUGAUAAAGGAGAUUGGAACAAAUGAUGACGAUCCUAAUAGCCUCAGAAAAAUCAAGAAAGAAAUCAACGAUGUCAAAAACACUCAGGUUCCCAUUGUGACCAGUAAGCUCAAUGAGCUGUGCGCCAAGAUUGCGAGCGAAGCCGGUAGUGUGGAUUGGAAGUUGAAGCUUUUCGAAACAGAAAAUAUUGACAAAGCACUCGAAAAAAUCAAGACACAAAUUGACACCCUCCGCACCGGUGACCUCCAGGCGGCCAUCGCCAUGUGCGACAAGUUCCUCACCGACGCCGAUUACAUAAAAUGGGAGAAAGUAGAAAACAUUGAACGCUUCGUAGACAGUGAGAUUGAAAAGGCAAUCGCGGAGCUCAGCAAGCAGGCGCGGCGGCAGUACGUGGAGUCCGCGAAGGACGCGCUGAAACACUUCGCCGCCAAGGUGGCCGAGGAGCUGGAGACUCUGCCCGGCGAGAUAAACAGGGAUCUCUUCCAGGGCUUCAAGGGGCUGAUGAAAUACGUGUACGGACAUUUUGACAGCCUCCAAAACGUGAGGGAAGAGAAAGAAAUUGCCGUCAUAUCCUCCGCCUUCCACAGCUUCUACGCCCCGGUCAACGAGUACGUCAGCAGUGAGAUCCGGAGGGAGCACAGGGAGCGUGAGGGCGAAAAAAAUCCCUCACUGCCGAAGUCGGAAGAGCCCUACGCCGCCGAGUGGGACGCCGUGCACAGCGAUGUCAACGCCCUGCUCAAUUACCUCUGCGUGACGCAGGGCUUCGACGACAGGCUGCGAGGCCUGCUCCACAACCUCACCGACGCGCUCACACAGCUGAGGCCGCAGGGCUUCCAGAAGCCCUCCACUCCCACGCUGGACUCCGUGAGCAGGGGACUCAGUGCCUUCGCCGGUGAGUUCGGCGGUGCGUACAUCUCCACUUACUCGGGCGCGGAGUGCCGGGAGGCUGACGCCGACAAGUACGCCAAGGUCUUUCUCAGCUUGAUCCCGAUGACGCACGAGGCGCUUACCAAUUUGGCAGACAAAUGCGGCACCAACUGGAAGAGCAACAAAAUAUGCAAGCUCACCGGCGACGACAGGGACAACGGCCUGGGCAACUACCUCACUAAAUGCGGCUUCAAGGUGUCACCCACCGACGGACUCCAGGAGGGGGAGUUGCAAAAUCGUUUUUCGGGCGGCGCAGUUCAUGAGCUACUUGCAUCCCCAGUGGCCGAAGUGACCACCAAAAUGCUUAUCGACGGCAAGCCUGCGGAAAACGGAAUUAAUGUUGUCGACUUAGUUGGUCUUCUUCAUAACAUGCUUUGUCGCUACCUCCAGGUCUGCCACCUUAAAGUACACGAAUCGCCCAGGUACCCCUGCACGGUGAGGGACAUGUUGUCUUGGCUCUCAGGCCUGCAGUACACUCCGGUGGCGGACAAACUGCCUGACCACUGCACGGCGCUGCUCAACCGCAGCUGCGACGAUAACGAUGCCCCCAACAGGGACGACGAUGUCAUGGCACAGUGCAUCAACGGCCUGCCCUACACUAUCGCAGAAGCGUGUUCACACGCCGACUUGCUGCUCAUCGCAAUCCAGGGCCACGGCCGCGGCUUUGACCUCGCCGCCUAUCCCUACUCCGUCGACUUCGCCAACAACACCGCACAGCUCCACUACCCGGCCGACCCCGACGAGCUGCUGGAGAUGAUGAGACGGAUAAUAUGCCGCCUGUGUCGCGUCCUGUAUUUCCUCUACGCCCAAUGCUGCCGUGCCACCGCCACAACCAAGGCCUGGCGGGAGUGCCACUACGGUCGGCAGGUGCCGUCCUCCCACUGGCAGUGUAACACCUACGACAACCAGGCCACCGACGCAAGUCACAACUGCCCGCCCACAUCUCCGCUGCAGUCGUUCCUCACAGACAGCUGUCCCAGCCUCCUGCCGCAUAAGCUUACCGCUACUGACAAUGCCAUCGAAUGCGUCGACUGCCCCGGCAAUCAACCAGGCCAGCAGUGCCUCACCCCGCUCGGCUUCUGGGACCUUGGCCUCGCUGCCUCAGUAGCGCGUACCGGCAAGGAACUUGCGAAGUCACUCGGCCGUCUCUGCAGUGACGCCGACGCCUGCCUCUUCCAACUCUGCCGAACGCUGCGCUGCUGCUGUGCCCUCAGCACCGCAGUCACUCGGCGACGUGUUUGCGCUGUUCUUCAUCUGCUGAGAAUGUGGAACCACGAAUCGUCCCGGCGUGCGUACUCUCACCAUGAGAGUUACCUAACGCAUCUGAACGGUGAUGCUAUAAACAGUCUCUUCCCUCUGUGGCCGCAGCUCCACGGCAGUUACCGUAAUGCCAAUCUCACCGACGCGCUCAAGGCACUCGCCGGGCACGACCAUGACAACUCAGGGCACAAUGCCCUCUCAAGUCUCUCCGCCGAGCCGCCUUGUCAAUCACCCAGUGGAUGCGCCCCCUUCCUCCAGCCGCUGGCGCUGCACGCCAACCACACCUUCCCGCAGAAGCACGCACAGCUGUAUGUCUCGUGGAUAGUGUGGCUGGCAUGGCAGCUGUGGGAGCUGCUGGAGUCCCUGCUGGACGCCUUGAACAACAUCGACUGCACGGCCCACGGCUGUUCCACGUGCCUCUGUUCUCCUGGUAAGCACGGCGACAAGGACUCCUGCCACUGCUCGUCCCUUGUCGAAUGUGGCGCGACCCUGCCGACACUCUACCGCUACGGAUUCACAUACCGCAACGCCCACGUCCUGCUCGCCGGCAGCCAGAAGAUACGGUGCAGUGACCUCAACGACCAACUCACCAAGGCACUCCACUCCGACCACUUCACUCAACUGUUCCACCAGAUCGACCAACUCCUCUACACCAUCCGUAUGCCCUUCCUCUUCGCCAUCAUCGCACUCUGGCUCAUCGCCACGCUCUACAUCCUCGGCGUACUCCUCUACCGCAUGGACGUCCUCCGCAUACGAUCUCACCUCCUCACCACCAGGGCCUCCCACCAAGUCGACGUCAAGGCGCUGCUCGCCGGCAGCCGCAGGAUGCUCUCACUCUACAAAGACGUCGACUACUUCGACGACGACUUUCACUCUUGA